UCACAUGUGGCUCUUGAGCUCAGUAGUUAAGUUAACUUUCUAAUCUUGCAUUUCUCCUCCUUUCCUUCCUCCUUCUCUUCUCCUCAAUCCUCAAUCGCAUCUCGCACUUUUCCCGCCAACAUUUACCCCGCGCACACCCUUCUCUCCCCUCCAACUCUGACAUCAUGCCCGCCGCAUUGUUGAUCGGUGCAAUCACCCAUUCCCGCAAGGAAUGGGAGGAUUUGUCCUCCAUUCUAACCCUCAAGGAAUUCCCCGAGGGCACCCGCGACGACUUCAUCCGCAACUGCAAGGAGGGCCAAUACGACGAUGUGGUCGCGAUCUACCGCUCGAAUACCUCCACCAAGUUCACCGGCCCCUUCAACGCAGAGCUGCUCUCCGCCCUCCCCAAGUCCCUCAAAUACAUCUGCCACAACGGGGCAGGCUACGAUAACGUCGAUGUUAAGGGAUGCACAGAGAAAGGAAUUGCCGUCUCGAGCACCCCCGUCGCGGUCAACAACGCGACAGCCGAUGUGGGUAUCUUCCUGAUGAUCGGCGCGCUGCGCCAGGCUUAUAUUCCGAUUUCGUCGCUGCGCGAGGGUAAAUUCCUAGGACAAACGGGACUUGGCCGUGAUCCGCAGGGUAAGGUUCUGGGCAUUCUGGGCAUGGGAGGCAUCGGUCGUGAAAUGGCCAACCGUGCAAGAGCCUUCGGCAUGAAGAUCCAAUACCACAACCGGUCACGGCUAUCGCCGGAACUCGAGGGAGACGCGACGUAUGUCUCCUUCGAUGAGUUGCUGGCCACCUCCGAUGUUUUGAGUCUGAACCUGGCGCUCAAUGCGUCGACCCGUCACAUCAUCGGGGAGAAGGAGUUCCAGAAGAUGAAGGACGGGAUUGUCAUUGUGAACACGGCCCGUGGAGCCUUGAUUGACGAGAAGGCCUUGGUUGCUGCGCUCGAAUCCGGCAAGGUUCUGUCUGCCGGUCUGGAUGUCUACGAGAAUGAGCCUGAGAUUGAGCCAGGCUUGGUUAGCAACCCUAAGGUGAUGCUGUUGCCGCACAUUGGUACCAUGACGUACGAGACGCAGCGGGAGAUGGAACUUUUGGUGUUGAAUAACCUGCGGUCGGCGGUCGAGAAGGGUGAGAUGAUCACUUUGGUGCCGGAGCAGAAGGAGGCGUUCGGGAAAUAGAAUGCCACGGUUGAGUUGAUGGACUAGAAUCAUCCAGAUUGUUGGUGGGGCCUCCUGGGCACCAGCGUGUAUAUAGAUCUACAGAGAGCCUGCCGUCCCCAUUGCUGUUGUAAGUCUUUGAACGACCCAAUACAUUCCCACAGCCACGACUU